GCCUUCUGUGGGUUCCAAGACCGCUUUUUCAGAGACAGGCCCAUGGCUCCAGUACGGAUCGCAGUUGUGGGGGCAGGCGUGGUGGGGCUCUCUACCGCCAUGUGCGUUUCCAAACUAGUCCCGGGAUGCUCCAUUACAGUCAUUUCAGACAAGUUCACUCCUGAUACCACAAGCGAUGUGGCAGCUGGCAUGCUUAUUCCUCAUGUCUAUGCAGACACACCCAUUCCCAAGCAGAAGCAGUGGUUUAGAGAGACCUUUGAUCACCUAUUUGCAAUUGCCAGUUCUGCAGAAGCUGAAGAUGCUGGUGUUCAUCUGGUAUCUGGUUGGCAGAUAUUUCGAAGCGUUCCUACGGAAGAAGUGCCAUUCUGGGCUGAUGUGGUUCUGGGGUUUCGAAAGAUGACUGAGGCUGAACUGAAGAAAUUCCCCCAGCAUGUGUUCGGUCAUGCUUUCACGACUCUGAAAUGUGAAAGCCCUACUUACCUCCCAUGGUUGGAGAAGAGGUUAAAAGGAAGUGGGGUCCUGAUACUCACCCGACGAAUAGGAGACCUGUGGGAGCUUCAUCCAUCCUUCGACAUUGUGGUCAACUGCUCAGGCCUUGGAAGCAGACAGCUUGCAGGAGACUCAAAGAUAUUCCCCGUGCGGGGCCAAGUGCUCAGAGUUCAGGCUCCCUGGGUGAAGCAUUUUAUCCGAGAUGGGAGUGGGCUGACAUAUAUUUAUCCCGGCAUAUCCAACGUAAUCCUGGGUGGAACAAGGCAAAAAGGAGACUGGAAUCUGUCUCCUGAUGCAGAAAUUAGCAGAGAUAUUUUUUCCCGCUGUUGUGCUCUUGAGCCCUCCCUCCAUGGAGCCUGUGACAUCAGGGAGAAGGUGGGCUUAAGGCCCUUCAGGCCAGGCUUGCGGCUGCAGACAGAGUGCCUAGCCCAGGACGGUAGGAGGCUGCCCGUGGUCCACCACUACGGCCACGGGAGCGGGGGCAUCUCUGUGCACUGGGGCACUGCUCUGGAGGCCGCCAGCCUGGUAGGCGAGUGUGUCCGAGCCCUCAGGACCCCCACUUCCAAGUCAAAGCUGUAGAUGACAUGAAGUGACAGCAAAUGGCCCUGGAGACUAUCAAUCGAAAUACAAUCUAAGCACCAGAACUGAUUCCAAUAACUUUUCCAUUGCAGGAAAGUUUAAUUAGAUAUAUCUUUGUUUUCAAAAUUAGAAAUGAUGCAAUAUGAAUCCUUAG